CUUUUGCAACCUGGUGAUUAAGAUGGCGGGCGGAUCUGUUUUCCACGUUGGCGAAGACGUCGCGUUGUACCAAGUCGUGGUGGUUUUGAACGCGUUGGCUAUAUGUUUACUGAUAUUCGAGGCUGCAUUGCACCACUUAGAACACCAUGUACUGGCCCACAACGACAAGUAUCAGCACAUGCUUAAAAAGGUGUAUCGAGAGUUGAUGAUCCUGGGUUUGCUCAGCUUCAUCAUCAAGUUGCUAACCGAAGUGGGAGGUAUCGACGGCUACAGCGGCACUAUGCUGGCGUUCCAAGUGGCUGACCUGACCAUCUUCAUCCUGGCGGUCACACUCGUCCUUCAAGCCAUCAACGUGUUGCUACUUCUGCGUGGCUACAACAAGAGAUCGGAUCGAGCUGAGCUCAUCACAACCCAAGAUUUGGUCGAUGCCUUGAAUUCGUCGGAAGCAGGUGGAAAAACUCCUAAAGACAAUUUGUUAAAAGAGGACGUCGUGAAGCAUCGACUACUGCGAAACUUGUUCCUACGUCGAUUUGGUCUUCCGCAGCUCUUUACUUUUUCCAAGUAUCUUCGACGUGCGCAGGCGAACAACAUUGUGCACAUGAUUGAAGUCGAGCCGUCGAUGUGGCUGCUACUAUUGGGGAUGGCAUGGGCGUUUUCUGCCGUCGAACAAAUUCUCGAAGACUUUGAGGUGGAAAUGCGCUACGAACUCAUUGAAACGCUCAUGGCGUUUGCUUGGGUUUUGGUGCUUUUUCACAUCCUAGUGAUGCUCUACUUCGGCUUCUGCGUGCGUCGGUUGUUAUCCAUUGCUGGCCUCAGCAAAGACAAAUCCGUUCUAGCUGUAAACCUCAGUAAAAUUGCCAAUGAAGAGGCUAAUGCCUGGCAAAAUGAAGCUGCAGAGAGUGCGCUAGACGCGAUGAUCCGAAUACACGAACAACACGAAGAAGUGGAGCACGAACGGAAAGCACAGCGACGAGGCCUACUUAAGGACGACGUAGGAUUUCAACUCGUUGCUACUUGCUUCCGGAAUACUUCGCGUAUUUUAAACAAGCAACGCUCAGUACCGAGACAAACGGGAGUGAUGCCUGGGGCUCCGGACAUUCACUUGCCCUUGUUUUCAAGAAAAGCAUGGCAUGUCGUGGUCAUGUUCAUGACGAUCCUGAACGGGUUCUUCGUUGCCCUAUUGGUAAUGGGUGCAGUGUACUGCUUCGACGAGAUCUACGACCAAGUUGGCAUUUUCCCAGUCAUUCUAAUCCCGGUCCCGUUAGUCCUCAACGGACUGUUCUUUCUCAAGACCAUAUUCCGAGACUUCGUGCUGAUCUGCAGCAUCCUUUACAUUGAUGCUAGCACGCUUGGAGAAGUCGUGGGCCACUUCAGUGAGACAGUAGAAUUAAGAUCGGAGUUUGCGACUUCGCUGCUUCAGUGUCUAAAGGGGCGUGGCCACUCGAUCGCAGACUUGGAUAAAGCACUGCAAUCGCACGAUCUACAAAAGACCGGAUUCAUUGAUGUUGACAAGCUACGCACGGUGUUGGCCUCAUUCGGGUUCCACUUAGCUCGAUUCCGACUUAACAGUGUCGUGAAGCUCCUGUUCGAGCUCCAAGGAACUAGCGUCGAGUAUGCGCAAUUGGUUCAGCUAGUGACUCUGAUUCAACAGGAGUAUUGCGUUGAAGAUAGUUUCGGAGGUCAGCGUCCUAGUCUGCAGCCAUUGGACGCUACGGAUCGACGCCAUCAGUUGCCACUUCUUGCCCAAUCCAGCCUCCCACUGGAACUCGGACAAAGCGAUUUUGUCUUUACAAGUGCUACGACCCCGCCCUUUGAACGACCACGAAAUCAGUCUGGAGGACCGAUUCGUUUAGAUGAGAGUAUCGGCCGGCAAUCGCUCCUUCAGCGUAGCGCCUCAAGGCAAUUUGCCCCAUCAAGUUCACGAGUGCUCCAUGGCGUGUACAACUUGCGAUCCUCGCUUCCGCCGCUCGAAUCAAUGACAAACGGCGCUCACUCUGUUCAGUAGUAGCGCGGCAUUGUCAUAAUAAGUUUUUUUGUUGGAAAAAAUUCUCGUUCUAGAAUAUCUUAAUAAUUUUCAAAAUAGCUUUAUUGGCCUGACCGGUUUUUACAGUUAGAAAGAAUUCAGUUGUGGGAAUAAUAAUAUAAUAAAAAGUAAAAAG